UCCUCCCAACUGCGGGACAGAAAGACAGACACCUGGCCCAACCUCGCUGCUGCCACCGGGGCCUUAGGCCUGAUUGUGCCACCCUUGGCAGGCUUACCGAUGGCUGCCCCUCCCCCGACAGAUAUCCUCUCUACCCCCAUCCCCCAAGACCCGCAGACACCUUCUCUCCACCUUGCUACCCUCAGACCAGGGGGAUACCUUAGGCAGAUGAGCUUCAAACGGACAGACUGCCCUGCCCUCAUUCCACUCCAGGACAGACUGACCCUUACCUCAAACACACGGACUUCUGGGUGGGCUGGACUGACACUGAUCGGCUCCCUCCCAGACAGUCCCACCUUGGGGCAGAUAGUCCCUUCUCUUCAUGAAAAGGUCACAGAGUGCUCUCCCCCUUCAGAGGCAGAUUUCUCUGUCACUGGCAACAGGCUAGAGGAAAUCCCCCUGGAGGUGCUGAGGCAGAGGGAGUCCAAGUGGCUGGACAUGCUCAACAACUGGGACAAAUGGAUGGCCAAGAAGCACAAAAAGAUCCGUCUGCGGUGCCAGAAAGGCAUCCCACCUUCUCUGCGGGGCCGUGCUUGGCAGUACCUGUCAGGAGGCAAGGUGAAGCUACAGCAGAACCCUGGGAAGUUUGAUGAGCUGGACAUGUCCCCUGGGGACCCCAAGUGGCUGGAUGUGAUUGAACGUGAUCUGCACCGGCAGUUCCCUUUCCAUGAGAUGUUUGUGUCCCGGGGAGGCCAUGGCCAGCAGGAUCUAUUCCGUGUGCUGAAGGCCUAUACCCUUUACCGACCUGAGGAGGGCUACUGCCAGGCCCAGGCGCCCAUUGCUGCUGUUCUGCUCAUGCACAUGCCUGCUGAGCAAGCCUUCUGGUGCCUGGUGCAGAUUUGUGAGAAGUACCUGCCUGGCUACUACAGUGAGAAACUGGAGGCAAUCCAACUGGAUGGGGAGAUCCUCUUCUCACUGCUGCAGAAGGUGUCACCUGUGGCCCACAAGCACCUCAGCCGGCAGAAGAUUGAUCCACUGCUGUACAUGACAGAGUGGUUCAUGUGUGCCUUUGCCCGCACCCUGCCCUGGAGCUCUGUGCUGCGCGUCUGGGAUAUGUUCUUCUGUGAAGGAGUCAAGAUCAUCUUCCGGGUGGGGCUGGUGCUGCUGAAACAUGCGUUGGGCUCCCCUGAAAAGCUCAAAGCCUGUCAGGGCCAGUACGAGACUAUCGAGCAACUGCGGAGCCUCAGCCCCAAGAUCAUGCAGGAGGCCUUCCUGGUCCAGGAGGUGGUAGAGUUGCCAGUGACAGAGCGCCAGAUUGAGCGUGAGCACCUCAUUCAGCUGCGGCGCUGGCAAGAAACCCGGGGUGAGCUGCAGUGCUGUUCCCUGCCCAGGCUGCAUGGUGCCAAGGCCAUCCUGGAGGCAGAGCCAGGCCCCCGGCCCACCUUGCAACCUUCACCAUCCAUCCGCCUGCCCCCAGAUGCCCCCCUCCCUGGUUCCAAAGGCAAGCCCAAGACACCCAAACAGAGCCAGAAGGAAAAGGAGCAAUGGGAACAGGCAAAGGCAAGUGGGCAGCUGGAUAAGCUCCCAACCCCAAGUCAAGCCAAGGGGGCAGCUGCUGCAGGAGAUGCGUGUCCCCCACAGGAUGUGCUCCCCAGGGAUGCAGCCCACCAAGAUCCAGCCCUUCAGGACUCAGCCUCCCAGGAUCCAGCCCAUCACCGCUCCCAGGAUUCAGUUCACCACUGCUCCCAGGAGAGUCUGACCUCCCAGGAGAGUGAGGAUACAUACUUGUAACCCCGGCAGCUCAGGCCUGUGGGGUGAGGCUCCACACACCCCUGGGGCUCACAGACUGACAGCCGAGGGCCUGCCCAUGCUGAUGGCCCAGCUGCCCGGCCCUGCGUGGCAGAGAGUCUGGCCGGCCCAGCACAGACUCUGCCUGAGCCUUUUUAUUUAUUUCCUCCCGAGUGGAGCUUGGGCUAGCCCACUGGGGCCGGAGGAGGUGAGGGCCAGUGAGCAGGGCCUCACUCAGCCCCUCUUCCUGGGGGAUGCUCCCUAGGGCUGGGGUGCUGUGGUGAGGGGGGAAAGGGGGGUGUUCUUUAUGUAAAAUAGAAACAUGAUUUUGUACAGAAAUAAACCGGCUUGUGUAGAGA